AUGAAGGAGCUAGGAGAGCUAAAGAAGUCUAUGGAAGAACUAACCAAGGCUUCUGGAAACAUAGAGAGAUCACUCAAGGUGAUGGAGUUUAAGCUGUACCAUAAUGAAGAUAAGUGCAAAUACCAUGAUGAGUACAACACAAACCUACCUCCCAAAGAUUCAGUCAGCAACGUUGAUUUUACUCAGCAAAGUGUAGACAGGAACCCAAUGAUGACACCAGUCGCUGAUCCACCAUUGAGAAAGAGGUUGAGAUGCAGCCCCGCACAACUCGACAAUGAUGUCACCAUUGAUAUCUCUGAUGCCGAAGAUGAUGCCACUAUAUCAGAUAAGCAUGAAUCGGGGUUGUCUCGGGCAUCACAAUCUUCACGACUUGACAGCAUUAAAGGAAAGUGCAUUAUCAACCCUCAACUUAGAACCAAGGCUAAGUCUACAGCUUUCCUUGCCAGCAAUUACUGCAGGACAUUGCCGACUAAGGUUGAAUCCUCAUUGACUCGAGGAAAAUUGCUCACCUCCCCUUCUCCUAAUAUGCGAGUUGCUAAGAUGACAAAGAUAGGGGAUGCCACAUUAUUUUCUGUUCCACGUCGACUUCCUGCUCAAUCUGCUGGUGUGCCUUGCCUCCAAGGUGAGAGGUCAUUGCCACAAGGCUCUAACUCUAACCAAAUGGAGAAAUAACGUUACUAUAAUGCAAUGAUUAAGGUGACAAUCAUUGAUUACUGGUUUUGAAUGGUCAUAAUAUGCCACUUUGACUUAAUAAACCCUAAAAUGGAGAAGUCUCUUUUUUUUAGGCUUUUAGGUGCAAAUUCAGACCAUGUGCUAAAAUGCAGCUAAAGUCUGUUCAACUUGAAGGAUUAGCAUAUGCAUUUUGUGCAAGCAUUGAAGAUCCAAGUGAGACCAUGAUUAAUGUGGAUGACACGAUAGUAACUAGGGAAGAACUU